ACCAGUGCCCAGUGUAGCUGCACCACUGCCCAGUGUCCAGACUCCACCACUGCCCAGUGUCCAGGCUCCACCACUGCUCAGAGUCCGGGCUCCUUCAGCUGCACCAGUACCCAGUGUCCAGGAUCCUUUAGAUACACCAGUGCCCUCAGCAAUGGCUGUUGACGAACACUGCAUUCCUGGAAUGGACCGGGUGGAUGCGUUGGCAGAGUGUCUGGUGGAGCUGCGCACACAGACAAGCCUCACACUUACCAACCAACAAGUUGCGACCAUUGUGGGUCUGUGGCAGAACCUGGACAAAUUUGAUAAAGACAGGGUGGUGUAUGCUGCUCGUCAUCAAGACAGGCUACUUACAGGACGUUUUAGGUCCCCAAAAAAGAAAGCUGUCUUCACUCCUGGUGUCGACAGCACAAAAAGGUGUGUUUUGGGUUCUAGCGGCUCUCCAGCACAGUGGCCUAAUUGCUGUCGCCUUGUUGAAAUGAUUUUCAUAAGGUUAUGUAACAUCCACCGAAGCCCCAAGAAACAGCGGACAGAAUGUCUGUCUAGAUGGGAUCUCAUUCUUCGUGAUUACAGAAAAAUUCGGCAGCUAAUCCUGAGCAAUGGAACGGUGAUGAGUGACACAACCCUUCAGCUAGUUGAGGUAAAUCAGAGGACCCUUACGACAUGGCACAAUAACCGUUUAAAGGGUCAGGAGGUCUCCUUGCUGUUGCAAGGGCUGGACCUUCCAGAGGCACGUCCAGUGGCUUUGGAUGUUUUGCCUCCAGCACGAGUACAGCCUGUUGUGCCUCCACAAUAUAGCCACCAGUUGCAUACCUACCAGAUGCCACCAGACACAGCUGGACAGGCAAAGACAAAGUUUAGAAAGAUUGCGCCCUCAGCUACCUGUACAUCUGCCACAGCAACUUCAAUCUGGCCAUCAGCCGUACACCCUCAGCGUUCAGCCACGUCCAGCCAGCUAAGGACAAUUUGUCCCAGGCCGACAGCACCACACCCAUUGGUUCCUGACACACCCACUGCCCCUGUUGUGUCUCAGAUGUUUCUGGUGCCCUGCCCAGCCCCAUUUUCCACCAUUAACCCUGGAGCAAUUUCCUCUGAGCCACCUGCAAAUGACACAGCCACUCCAACCAAACGAUCGUACAAUCGCACUGUAAAAGCAAAUUCGUGCAGAAAGUGUGGCCAAUUUCGUACUCAAGAAACUGGCCAUAGCCAGUACAAAGGCAAAAUAUAUUGCCCUAAUAAAGAAACAAUUACAAAGGAGCAGUGGUUACAGAUUAUGAGAAGAUAACUCAUUUAUUUAUGUGUGAUACAUUCAUUUUGUUCUCUUGGUUGGAUCUGUUCUGUUUUUUAUCUUCCAGCCAUAUUUAAUGUUAAAGAGUUAUACUGUGCACUUUUUUUUAUCUUGUAUUAUUAUUAUUAUUAUUAUUAUUAUUAUAAACAUGUGGGUAUGUAUGUGAAUACACUAUAAUACAUAUGGAAAUAUAUAUACAUAUUAAAUAAAGUUAAACUAUUAUUAUUAUUAUUAUAGAAAGGUUUAUGUGUAGAGGAAGCAGUAUAAAGUAAAAUACCAAAAUGUGUAGAUUUUGAUGUAUAUAUUUAUAUAUUUUUUUGUACUUAUUUUAUAUAGCGUGUGCACUUAAAAUUCUUAAUUUUAUAUUGAAUUUA